AUGAAUAAUCAGAAUAUUGAUAUAGAAUUUCUUGAUAGUGAUAAUGAAGAAAAAGUGAAUGAAAAUAAGCAACAAAUCAAAUAAUAAAGUAUGCAAAUAGAAGAAGCUCCAUCUCAAAAUAUAUUUGUUGUCAUAAUUAAUUAAUAUAGCAAUAAAAUUCAACAUAUAUAUCUAGAACAGAUAUAAUAACAGCUAUAGAACAUAUAGUUACAAAAAUGCUAAAAGGAACAAUGGUAUUUUAAAAUAAUUAUAAAUAGAAAUAAAUUAGACCUACCGAUGUAAAAAAUGAACCUAUUUUAUCAACUUCAGUUUAGAAGGCUUGUUGUUUAAUAUCAGUUGAUGAUAGCAUAAUUAAAUAAUUAAAAGAAUAUUAAAUCCCUUUAUAAUUUAGUGAUAAAGACCGUAAAAAGGGAUUGACAGUGAUUUUUGAAUUUAAUGAAUUCAAUCAAUGUGAUCUACUUAGUAAUGGAAAGUUUGCUAAAGAAUUUUCUGUUCUAAGACCACAUUAAGAGACAUAAAGAUUUACUAGUAUAAUAUUGGCUAUAAAUAAAAUGGAUUAAUAGAUUUAUGCAAUAAAAAAGGGGAGAAUUUAGUUGGUAGAAAUUAUUUUAUAAUCAAAUUACUUAAAUUAGAGAAGUUAAAGCAAUGUUAAGACUUUAACAUCCAAAUGUAAUUAGAUUAUAUAGUUGGUGGGUAGAACAAGAAAUUAAUUAAAAAAAUUAAAAAUAUUUUUAUCUUUAUUUACGAUAAGAAUAUGAUUCAUAUUUAGGUUGCAAUGAUUUAUUGCAAUUUAGUGUUAAAUAUUUAUUAAAUAUGCCAUUGGAAUUAAAACGAAAAACAAUGAAAUCUUUAAUAAAUUAAUUAAUUUCAGGAUUGGAGUAUAUUCAUUGUUAGGGAUUUUUUCAUAGAGAUUUAAAAUUAGAGAAUGUUCUUGUUACAAAAGAUAAUGCUGGAGAUGUUGCAUUAAAAUUUGUGAUUUUGAUCGGAGUAAGACUCAUUUGA